AUGCAGCUGGAUAAUGUCACCAAUGCGGGCAUCCACUCCUUCCAGGGGCACCGUGGAGUUGCCAACAAGCCCAAUGUGAUCCUGCAGAUAGGGAAAUGCAGGGCAGAAAUGUUGGAGCAUGUCAGGAGGACCCACCGGCACCUCCUGUCUGAGGUCUCCAAGCAGGUGGAGCGCGAGCUGAAAGGCUUGCAGAAAUCAGUGGGGAAGUUAGAGAAUAACUUAGAGGACCAUGUCCCAACUGAUAACCAAAGAUGGAAGAAGUCCAUCAAGGCCUGCCUGGCCAGGUGCCAGGAGACCAUUGCCCAUCUGGAGAGGUGGGUCAAGAGAGAGAUGAAUGUUUGGAAGGAGGUCUUUUUCCGUCUGGAGAAGUGGGCGGACCGUCUGGAGUCCAUGGGAGGCAAAUAUUGCCCUGGGGACCAUGGCAAGCAGACUGUGUCUGUUGGGGUGGGAGGCCCAGAGAUAAGGCCAAGUGAGGGGGAGAUUUAUGACUAUGCCCUUGAUAUGAGCCAAAUGUAUGCGCUGACCCCUCCUCCUGGGGAGGUGCCCAGCAUCCCGCAGGGCCACGAUUCCUACCAGUGGGUCUCUGUGUCGGAGGAUGCUCCAGCCUCCCCAGUGGAGACCCAGGUCUUUGAGGAUCCCCGGGAGUUCUUGAGCCACUUGGAGGAAUACUUAAAGCAGGUGGGUGGAACAGAGGAAUAUUGGCUGUCUCAGAUCCAAAACCACAUGAACGGCCCAGCUAAAAAGUGGUGGGAAUACAAGCAGGACUCUGUCAAGAACUGGGUCGAGUUCAAGAAGGAGUUCCUGCAGUACAGCGAGGGGACUCUGACUAGGGAUGCUAUCAAAAGGGAGCUGGAUUUGCCCCAGAAAGAGGGGGAGCCCCUGGACCAGUUCCUUUGGCGCAAGAGAGACUUGUACCAGACCCUCUAUGUUGAUGCAGAUGAGGAGGAAAUUAUCCAGUAUGUGGUAGGCACUCUCCAGCCCAAACUGAAGCGCUUCUUGAGUUACCCCUUGCCCAAGACCUUAGAGCAGCUGAUCCAAAGAGGGAAGGAAGUCCAAGGCAACAUGGACCACUCUGAGGAGCCCAGCCCACAGAGGACCCCUGAGAUUCAAUCAGGAGAUUCUGUGGAGAGCGUGCCUCCCUCAACCACUGCUAGUCCCGUGCCAAGCAACGGGACUCAACCUGAGCCCCCUAGCCCACCAGCUACUGUCAUAUGA